UUUUUACGUCGCCAAAUGGAUGGAAAUGUAGCCGGUGACACGCUCUGCAUGUUGCUUGGUAACCAAAUGGCGUUUGCUCAAACAGGGAAAACCUGAACACAACAACUCUGCGUUUAGGGCAUGUUUUGCAAAUAUAUAUAUAACGAAAACAAAUGAUGACAUGUAUUAACUAACUGUUAUCUAUAUAUCAACGGGCAAGAGUUGUGUUUUGAACAGACACAUUUAGGGUAAACUCUGUGCGUAAUUGGAAUAGGUGGAUCAUCAUAGUGCGACGAAUGUAGACGGCACAGGUCCAGUUCAUAAGCAUGGAGAAGAACAUUUACAAUUACGCAAUAGAAAGUGCCCCUUCGUCCCCCCCAGUGGAGGAUAUGACGGAGCUGGACAACCGGCAGCAGAGAGUCUACCACAGAGCUGCCAGGAUGAUACAGAGGACAUGGAGGAGACAUGUGGAUACACGCGUGUUCCAGUACUUCAAGAACCUUGUGAGGUUCCGUAACCAGGGAGACCCUCAACUCCUGCUCAAAAAUGUCAACCCCAGAGAGGCAAAUAUUCUGGAUGCUGCUGCAGGAGUCCACAUCAGAUUCAGACUGGGAGGGACCACCUUUCCACCGAGCAUCUACUAUAAGAUCUACACCCAUCGACCCAUCGUGGACAUGUGUGCCAACAGCCCCAAGGACUACACCCACCCCAGGCAGAAGAGGCCCGUCCCCAGGCAGAUACACAACGGGAGGACCCAGGUGCAGGACGACCAUGCUGGCUGGUACCACCGCGUGGAGAACAACAGCUGGAGACUGCUCUCUGGGAAGGCUGCUCUGUUAGGUGACAUCAUCACGUUGGAGACCAAUGGCAGGAAGGUGGAGUUUCACCAUUCCAAACUGCAGCGUCGUCAGGACGUGGACAGGAGGAAGAAGAGGAGGAAGAUUGAAUGGUUGAAGCAGAUGUAUGACUGUGGCUGUCUGCAUGCACGUACAGAGCAUAGUGAGACAGCCAUGCUGGUGGAGCGGUCAGCCCAGGGCAUGAUGGACGCCGUGGAGCAGCUGGGACCCAACCACAUCGUAGAGUGGGAGGUGGAUGAACUACUGGAGUGGACCAACGCUCUCAACUUUGACGAGUAUAUUAAUGACUGGAGGGUUGUGGGUACCAGUAAUUCCUCUGAGUCUUGGAAAGAUAAGAGGCCUUCCAACCUGGAGCCUUGUGUUGAGUUCUCAGGGCUGGGGCAGGAGGACAGCCAGGGGCUGGGGCAGGAGGACAGCCAGGUGGAUACCUACAGCAGUAUCCUCCAGCCCCUGGUCUCCAGCCUCAUCAAGUCAGAACACUCCAAGGCCAAUCUCUGACUGACUGGCUGGCUGGCUGACUGACUGGCUGACUGCAUCGUAUCGCUGACCAGACCAGAAAAUUGCUAUACCAACCAUCGGACACUACUACUAUGACACUAUGCAGUGAGAUUAAAUUAAAUGUGAUGAGCAAUAAAGCAAGUGGUGAAUGUAACUAUGUAACUAUGAUAUACAUUAUAUAUUAUUGUA